AUGACGGAGGAUAUGGCUGUAUCCACAGGAGGUUGGACAAGUCCAGUCGAACUACGAGUUUAUUUCAAAGAGAGGCUUGUCCCCACAGCCCCGGUCUUAGAUCCAAAUGCUUACACCAACCAUGAAAGGAUCGUGAGCGACCAGCCUCACCUUGCCGCAUGCAUCGUCUACGUCUCGUCCGCUUACAUCGCAGGUUAUUCUGGUUUGCGUAUUGCAAUGCAGAAAGGGCUGAAUGACUUCUCAAGAGCUAUGCUAGAGAUACAGCCUGCGACAUCUGCACAGCAGCUCACAGACAUGCAGGUACUGAUUAUUCUGUAUAACUUUGCACGUCCCGAGGCAGCCUGCAGUCUACCAAGACAGGAGGUCACUUCUGUAUUCAAUCUCUGGUCGAUAAAAGCGAUUUGCGAGUCCUAUGCCUUUCGCAUAGAGCUAUUCAAGACUGCGAACGAUGUCCUCAUGCGCAGUCAGUCUGGUCAAUUGUUGCAGAGAUCUGACCAGUGUGUGCAAUUCUAUCUCGUCUGGCUCUGGUUGUUUUCGAAUUCCCACCACGUGGCAAUGAUUACAGGAACACCGCCGACUAUAAGUCCUGAUGCCACAAUCAGAGCCUCCCCGAUGUUACUACAAGACCUCAAGUCUGAGGUGACCGUCCAAGCGCUUGUUGCAGACGCCGAGCUUUGCUUGAUAUGGUACACACUUGGUAAUAUUGACCCAGGGAUAAAGGAAUGGUGGUGUGAAUUCGGUUUCCGUGGGAGCCAGACAUCUGGGGAUAAGAGGCUCACGGUUGAUGACAUUGACAGUGCACUAGAGGCUUGUCAGCAUAGAUUAUGGAUAAACCCCUUCCAAACUCUCGGCUCCGUAAUGGCAUUCUAUCCCGAAUUUUUCUUCCGUUACACGAGAUUCUGUCUUUACAGAUUCCUCAUUCCACAGGCUGAGACAAUGAUGGACCGUGCUACAUAUGCAGAAGCAGUCAAUAGAUGCAUAUAUGCGGCCGUAAAUCUUCUGAACCUUCCAGAUGAGGUAGGUCCAUACGGGAGAGAUCAAUUGCGCUACAUUCCUGGUUUCGUAUGUGUUCUGCUAUCACAAUGCGCAUCGUUUUCUUUGAAAACUCUCGGUGCUCUUCCGGACAUCAUCAUGAAUACCCAUAUUGUAGUCGAAACUAUACGACGGUUGGCCGAAUUUAUGUUGAACCUCGAGCAAAAACGCAGUGUUCGCAGCGCCACAAUAGAGGCCGGCCGGUCUAUUCUUCGACAAGUUGAGGCGCAAUACGAGAGCGGAACGGGUGCUUCGACUACCGCCACUCAGACAAUAGACGAGAUGAAGCUACAGGAUAAGUCCCAAAUGCUCGAUCAUAUGCCUGAAACCCUCUAUUCCGCCGCCGCCUCCCAUCGCGUUUGCCAAAAAAGGGCCGACCAUCGCCCAACGAGGUCCCAAGCUGGUGGUGACGCAGGCAUCUAUGUUUACGAUCAACACGUGUACACAGAUUUUGACUGCCUCAUUGCAAAGGGCAGCUUGGAGACGGUUGGCAACGAAGCCAGGAAUCUCUUCCUUGAUGUGAACCGGACGGCGUCCUACAGAUACGUCUUCGGUCCCGGUACAUUCGUUGACAAUGAAUUCAUCGGCGUACCUGAGGACUCACGCAGGCUACUGAGAUACCUUGCAAGCGUCACCCCAGGUUUUACAACUGAAGAGUCUACUUUGAACGACGUUGUGUUCUCAGGAGACGAUCUCACCAUCAUCCCAGGACCCAUCAAAGCGCAGGUUCUUGUAAGCAUACUUCUCUUGGUCGACUUGAGAACAACCUAUCUGACAUACUCUACGAAGACUUCCGUUCUGCAUGCAAUGAUUGGGAUCCUUGCCAAAGAGAUCAGCACCCUCAAGGGCAUCGAGACCGGUAAGAUAUACAUCGACACCGAUAAAUGUGGUUUGUACCCCGCCACUGUGGCCCUUGCUACCAUUGAUGGCAAAGGUCUUGCUGAAAUCAAAAACAACGGUACCUUAACCAAAGUUGGCGUGGAUGUCGACAAAGGUUGUGUGAGCAAGAACGACAUGUACACUCGCUCGUGGGCCAUCUACCCAACGAAGGACUCUCACGUUUGGUACCAGAUUAUGAGUAAUCUUAAUGCUCCUGAUUUUUUCAAAGCCUACGGCAUUGACGGAGAAGCGCCCGUCAAGAACCGUACUGAGGCUUACGAGCUGAUUUCGUCCACCAUAUCAAAAUAUUCCGCAGCCGAGCUUGAUAUCAAGAAUAUGGAGCUUGGAUUUUGUGGCCAGACAUGCUUUACACCACAACAUUGGAGGAAAACUAUGAUGGGCAAAGCCUUGGCUAAGCACCCCUUGAUAGAUUCCGCGCAGGUGAAGGGCACUUCGACGUUACCUCCUGUCCCUUUCCCUCAGUCAAGCGAUUCGCGGCCCUUGGCCGGUAUAAAAGUCGUUGAGCUUGCUCGCGUAAUUGCUGGACCAGCAAUGGGAACGGCGCUUGCAGCUCUUGGAGCGGAUAUUAUCAAAGUUCAAAGCCCCAAUCUUCCAGAUCUUCAGCCUCUUAGUAUCACUCUUACGGCCGGAAAACGUACCUACGCAUUGAACCUUCAGGACGAGAAGGAUAGACAAGCGUUAGUCGACCUCAUGGCGGAUGCGGACGUUAUCAUACAAGCAUUUCGCCUUCGCUCUCUUGAGCGGAAGGGUUUCGGUCUCUACGAUCUGGUCGAGAUUGCCAAGCAACGUAAUAAGGGCAUCGUUUACAUCGACCUCAAUGCCUACGGUCCAGAUGGGUACUAUGCCGAACGACCGGGAUUUCAACAAAUUGCGGACGCUGCGUCCGGGUGCUCAUAUGUCUGUGGCAAAGCUUAUGGGUUUGAUGAGGGUGUCAGUGUGCUUCCUUCUCUUCCCAUUGCUGACAUGCUGGCCGGAGCUGUGGGUGUCGUUGACGUCCUGCUUGCCUUGCGCGACCGAGCAACGAAGGGCGGAUCGUAUCAUGCUACCUCUGUUCUGACAGCGGUGGAUGCUAUACAGCUGACCGAACCAUUUGGAUUGUAUUCACCAGAAACGGUGAAGGCCAUCCAGGAUAAAUUCGAUUUCAAACCCAUGACCCCAGACCUACAUGUGGAGGAUCUCUUGUACAUUCUCGGGGAAGCUUGGGCAAAGCACACAGACCUUAUGCGUCGUGACGGAUACAUGGUAACAUUCGACAAGACAGACUUCGGAGGAAAACAUACCAUCUUAUCACCAGUUGUUCGAUUUGACAAUCCCGACGUCAAUCCUUACUGGACCCAUGGUCCUGUAGGUUAUUGUAUGUCAAAUCAUGAGACAUGGGCUUAG